AUGAGCGCAGACGCCCGCGCCCCACUGGACGCGCCUCGACGUCCUCGCGGCCGCCCGCCCAGUCGCUCGUGGGCGUUCUUUACGACUGUAGUUGAGCCGCAGAAACUGUCGUCGGCCGUCUGCCGCCACUGCAACGAGUUGGUGCACCAUCGCCAUAAAUGGGGCCAAGCGCGGACCCAUUUGAUGAAAUGUCCCCAAUUCCUGCAGCUCAUGGACACAAUUCCAGCCAAUGAGAAGCCCGAGUGGUUUCUGGCCGAAACGAGUCGCCGGCACCACGUGGGGCUGAGUCAGCCGAAAAAGCCGACAUUUGUGAACUCGGGGUUUCCGACUUAUCAGGUAUCACAGGAUUGCACCUAUGCGGCGUCGCCCGUAUCAGCGUUGACACUCCUGCCGCCACUGACGAUGGAAACUCGGGACCAUUUAUCCGGACGACGGCCACUUGGACGUGAGAGCAGAGCACUGGAAGAAAAAGUGGCUAUGCAUUUGUUCACGACAAUGUCAAUGGAACAGAUUGUGGACAGACGGGCCAAUCUUUCCUACUUGACGGCCGCACUGCAAACAUGCGGUCAGGAAAUUGGGUUUCCAGAUCCCGAGAAGCUCAUGACGGAGUUACUCGACCGCUGUGUCGAACAGGUGAACCAACGGGUCGAAGCUUUUUUUCAGGCCGAGUUGCUCCCUGCGACGUUGUUGCUGGAUGUGACAACCACAACAACCACAACCACAACAACCACAACAACGUCAGACGGGACGACUGCUCGGGUGGUGCAUUACAUGACGAGCUCGGCCAGUUUCGAAAAGUAUCCAAUGUACUUGGAAUCGGUCGUUGCUCGAAACAGUGAACAAGAGCGAAUUGACGCGGACUGGAGGGCAACGGAUGUGGCCCGCGUGGUGGACAAGCUGUCGCACGCUGUUGCUGGAUGUGUCAUGGCCUGUUCGUCGCCAGAGAGCCAACAAGUGCGUGGGUUGCUGGAAAAGAAGUACCCGGGUAUGUACUUUUAUGGAUGCAUGCGGGACGCAUUGUGGUCUCUCGUUUGCGACAUUUUCACGGCCAGAGGUACAAGCGCGAACCAGUGCGACAGCGUAUCGAUGCCGUUUGUUCAGGAGAUGCAACGCUUUGCCCUACAGUGCAAAGACCUGACAUUCUUUCUGCCACCGUCAAGCGAUGAACUCACGCUUGACAUGGCCGCGGAAAGCUGCAAGACCGUCAUCCAUGUGUCUCUGACACGGCGCUUGACUGUUGAAGAAGCCUUUUUUGCCAUUCUACAGGCUGAAGCCUUCUUGGAUAACGACACUGGGUUGCAUGCGCACUUGCGUGCUGGCUCGAAUGGACACGAUUCAGGUGCGUUGAGCUUUGCCCAUGAUCAGGCCACUGUCGGUCGUCUACAGACUGAGCUGAUCGGAGUUGUGCGCAGUUCACAAUUUGUGCAAACGCUGCGCAAAUUCUUGGACGUGUUGCGUCCUGUCCACAAACUACUACAAUCGUUGGAUGGCGGUGCCAAUGCGACGUCGUUGCUCCUUUCUGAGGUGCGUUCCUGUUUCUCGAGGCUUGAGCAACAGUAUGCAUCGAGUACGCGACUCUUGCCGGAAGAGAAGGGAGUUUUGCAAGCACUCGUGCGACAACGACAGGAGAACAUUAUGGGUCCGGCACAUCACCUGGCACCCCUGUUAGACCCGGUGUUGCUGGGCGGGAACUUGCCGGUGAACACGAAAGCGGAUAUGGAGCACAAGCUGGUAUCUUCGCUUCGUGCCGAUGGCACUUCUCUAUCUGAUGUGGAGAAACAAGUAUUGCGUGCUCAGUAUAUGGACUUCAGGAAGUUUGCCAUGAGUCUGAAGACCAGCAGCAAAGCAGAGACACUUGGUUUCCGCUUAUCGAAAGAGCGCAGAUUACUUCCGUUGCAAUUCUGGCUCACCGACGGUACCAGGUGGCCAGUGUUACAGACCAUUGCCUGCCGUGUCUUUGUCAUGCCAGUGUGCACGGUCAGUUCAUCACGUGUAUUUUCUGAAGCAAAUGUGGCCCUGCGGUCUCUUUGGCAACAGUCAGACUUUCCCUCUCGCGAUAAACUAGCGUAUGUGCGAGUCAACACGCACCAACUGGACGUGGCUGAAACGGUUGGAAGUUCGCUGGCGAUGGAGACGCAGAAGCCGCAGACUGAGAUAAAUACGACCGAUAUUACAGCUUCCAUGGUGGUGUGA